AUGACCGACCCCGCCCUCCAAAUCCCCGAAGUCAUCCAAACCGCCUCCAUCAACCCGGCGCCGUCCCCGGAACACGACGUCAACCCGCCCACCGCAGCCUCCGAGAAGCAGCCCAUCGUGGAAGACGAUGUCGCCUCCGAAGCAGGCAGUAUCCCCUCCGAUGUCGUCGAUCCUCACCGCAUGAUCAAGCCCGUCUCGCGACGACACCAUCUGCCCCCAUUGCCCGAUCUGCGCUUCGAACAGAGCUAUCUCGCCAGCUUGCGGGGAGCUGAUACCUGGGGCCGAGUAGCUUGGAUUACCAUCAGAGACCAGGUCCUCCUCCCUCUAAUCCAGGGCACCGUCUGGACUCUCGCUCUCUCUGGCUGGCGAUUCUGGAACCGCAACGCGUCCCUCAGUGGCCAGACACUCGGAAGCAAGAUCCGGAGAUGGUGGUACGAGGUGAACAACUGGAAGCUGCCUCCUUUGCGAUCGGCCAGGGAUCCUCACAUGGCGGCGAAGGUGGAAGACUUCUACACGGCCCAGUUCUCGAAUGCCGGUGCUGACUAG